GAGACAAGUGAGAGAAAUGCUGACUUAUAAAUUAGAAAUAGAGACCGGCAAGGAACUCUGUGCUGGGACCAUAAACACCAUCUCAGUGGUUCUGGUUGGUUCCGGGGGAGAGAGCCCGAAGCACACACUGGAUCACUGGGGGAGAGAUUUCCUUCCGGGCGCUAGAGACGUGUAUGAGGUGAGAUGUGAGCAAGAUAUUGGGGAGAUCCUGGUGUUGAGACUCUACAAGGAACCUUUCCGACAUUUCCCCAAGGACGACUGGUUCUGCAACUCCAUCACAGUGACCUGCCCCAAUGGAGAGACGGCUGAAUUCCCACUUUUUUUGUGGGUCUCAGACUACGGAACCUUUGAAAUUCAGCAGGGAAAGGGUGUAAUACUGACGGAGAGUGUCAGCCCCAUCAUAAAGAAGCAGAGAGCAGCGGAACUGGAGCUAAAGAGACAGACACACGAGUGGAAAAUAUACGCUGAAGGGGCCCCUCGCUGUAUCAGCGCCGACAAUGUUAAAGAUCUGCCCCCCAAUGAUCGAUUCUCCUUCCUGAAGACAAUCAGCUUUGGCUUCGAUUAUCUGACCAGUUCUAUUGGGCCCAAGCUGAAAGGCUACCUACAGUGCUCCGACUCCUGGGCCGAUAUCAACGACAUCAAGAGAGUCUUUUGCUGCCAGUGGACAGAAAUCUCAGAUCUGGUGUCUGAGCUGUGGAAGGAGGACUCGUUCUUUGGGUACCAGUAUCUGAAUGGGUUAAACCCGCUGAUGAUCCAGAAAUGUCUCCGGAUUCCCGAUAAUUUCCCUGUUGAUGAUUUGACCGUGUCUGCGACUCUAGGGGAGUCCACAACCCUCCAGGCGGAACUGCAGAACGGAAACAUCUUCCUGGCAGAUUACAAGAUCCUUGAGGGGAUCCCUACGAAUGUUAUUAAUGGGGAAAGGCAAUAUCUCGCUGCCCCAAUGUGCCUGCUCUGGAAAUCCAAAAACAAUUACAUAGUUCCUAUUGCAAUCCAGCUAAAUCAAACCCCCGGGGAGGAGAACCCAAUCUUUGUGCCCACUGACCCCGAAUGGGACUGGACUUUGGCCAAGAUCUGGGUGCGAAACUCUGAGUUUCAGGUCCAUGAGGUUGUCUUUCAUUUACUCCACACUCAUCUGUGCGCUGAGGUCUUCAACAUCGCUACCACCCGGCACCUCCCCAUGGGCCACCCUGUGUAUAAGCUCAUCCACCCGCAUCUCCGUUACACCCUGGAGAUUAAUACCCUCGCCCGGCAGACUCUCAUUGGCCCAAAUGGCCUCUUUGAUCAGGCUGUGGUGACUGGGAAUGGGGGAGUUCCGGUGCUACUUGCAAGAGCCGUGGAGAGUCUGACCUACAGCGCCCUCUGUCUCCCUGAUGAUAUUCAGGCAAGAGGUGUUGAGUCCAUUCCCAAUUAUUUCUACAGAGAAGACGGGAUGAGGAUCUGGAGAGCCAUGGAAAGCUUUGCGUCGGACAUUAUUCAUUACUAUUACCCGAGUGAUGAAACCGUCUCUGAAGAUCCAGAACUUCAGGCUUGGGUGGCAGAGAUCUUCCAGGAAGGCUUCCUGUCCAAUAAAAACUCAGGAAUCCCAUCAUCCUUUGCCACCCGGGUGGAGCUGAUCAAAUACCUGACGAUGGUGAUGUUCACAUGUUCUGCUCAGCACGCAGCUGUCAACAGUGGGCAGUUUGACUUCUUCUCCUGGAUGCCCAAUGGUCCUUCCACCAUGAGGAAACCUCCCCCCACCACUAAGGGCACCACCACCUACCAGAGUAUCCUGGAGACGUUACCAGCCAUAAACACCACCGCUACAGCCAUGGUGGCUGUCAGCCUCCUUAGUAAGGAGCCACUCGAUCAGAGACCCUUGGGAAAAUACAAAAAUGUGAACUUUGUUGAAGACGCGCCGAAGAAAUGCAUUGAGCAAUUCAAGGAAAAGUUAUCUGAGAUUUCUAAGGAUAUCAAGGUGAGGAACAAGACCAAGAGGCUGACGUACCAUUACCUGGAUCCGGAGGAAAUCGAGUGCAGCAUCUCCAUUUAGUUGAGACCCCUGAGGAGACCUGUCUCUUUCUAUAUUUCCUGCAUAGAUAUUUCCCUUUUUCUUUCUGCUUUUUAUACUGUGAAAAAUAAA